GGUCUAGCUCAGGGCCCCCGCGCGCAAGCCAAAAAAAAAUCGAGCAGGUCGCUUUCCGGGGGUCAAAUCCGGCAACCCCAUCGCCCAUUCGCCCCGCCCCGCCCCCGCUCUGCAGAAUUCCAUUUUCGCCAACAGUGCGCCGCUCGCCGGCCUUCGCUUCGUUUCGUUUCGCCACUCUCUUUCGCCACCUCCCCGCUCCCCCACUCGCAGCUGAUUCUUACAACUCCUCGCACCACUUUGUUCUCCGUCUCCCCGCGUUCCCACUUCACAGUUCCCACCCACGCGGCGUGGUAGCUUGCUAUUCCCACACUGCAUCCCCCAACAUAAAUGAGCUUCGUUGCUCAACCAGGCGCUUGGGCCUAGAUAGACAGCUUAGUAGGUUUUCAUGAGCAGCGGAGAGCCGGCAGGAGGCAGCCUCGUUAAGAGCGAGUUGUUAAGUGGCUGGCAAUGAGGGUGUACAUCACGGCGGCCGCUGACGACGUGAUGAAGCCCAAGGCGCCGCCGCCUCAGCAGCAGCAGCAGCAAGCGGCGCGGCGCGGGUGCCGCUCGGUUGUCGUCACGGGGCUCCUCGCCGGGGUGCUCCUCUUCCGUGCCGCCCUCCUCGCCAUCGAGGCCGGCGCCUCCCUUUGCCCUUCCUCGACAGGAUGCCUGGACUGGCGAGCGGGGCUGGGGGACUGGCUCUACGGCGGCGGCGACGCGAUGGAGGAAUUUAUGACCGAAUGGAAGAGGAGCCACAGGGAAGCCACCCUGUUGGAUCCCGUGGUGGUGGACGCAGCACCGGAUUCCUUGGACGGCCUCAUGGCGGAGAUGAGCGCCAUGACGGCGUCCUACGAUCGGCUUGACAUGGAGGCCGUCGUGAUCAAGAUAACGGCCAUGCUGUUGAAGAUGGACCGGAAGGUAAAGUCAUCAAGGAUCCGGGCUCUGUUCAACCGGCACCUGGCUUCGCUGGGCAUCCCCAAGAGCAUGCACUGCCUCACCCUGCGGUUGGCCGAGGAGUUCGCGGUGAACUCCGCGGCGCGCUCCCCCGUGCCGCUGCCGGAGCACGCCCCUCGCCUGACCGACGCCUCGUACCUCCACGUCGCCCUCGUGACCGACAACGUGCUCGCAGCCGCCGUGGCGGUGGCUUCCACCGUCGGGAGCUCCGCCGACCCGACCAGGCUGGUGUUCCACGUCGUCACCGACAAGAAGAGCUACGUCCCCAUGCACUCGUGGUUCGCCCUGCACCCGGUUUCGCCCGCGGUCGUCGAGGUCAAGGGCCUUCACCAGUUUGACUGGCGUGACGGCGAUGUCAUCGCCUCUGUUAUGAGGACGAUCGAGGAGGUUCAGAAGAGCUCGCUGGAUUUUCACCAGUGUGAUGGAUCAGCUGAGAGGGAGAACAGAAGGCUAGAGGCCUCGAAGCCAAGCACGUUUUCGCUUCUGAACUAUCUCAAGAUCCAUCUCCCAGAGUUCUUCCCUGAGCUUGGGAGGGUCAUGCUCCUCGACGACGACGUCGUGGUGCGCAAGGACUUGGCCGGGCUGUGGGAGCUGAACCUCGACGGGAACAUCAUCGGCGCGGUCGGCGCACACCUUCACGACGCAGACGGCGGUGGCACCUGCAUCGACAAGACCUUUGGCGAUCACCUGAAUUUCUCUGACCCUGCAGUAUCAUCACUAGGCCUCCGCAGUUCGCAGUGCGCGUGGUCUUGGGGCGUCAACAUCGUCGACCUCGAUGCAUGGCGAAGAACAAAUGUUACCAAGACGUACCAGUUCUGGCUACAAAAGGCAAGUUCUUGUCCCGAAACCCUGAACAUUGAGCAAGCAGUUCUUAGUCAUACUGAGAUUCCGUUGCGUCAUGUGCAGAACCGGGAAUCGGGCUUCAGGCUGUGGCAGAUGGCCUCGCUGCCGCCGUCUCUGAUAGCGUUCGACGGCCGGGUGCAGGCGGUCGACCCGCUGUGGCAUCUGCCGGGCCUCGGCUGGCGCAUGCCGGACGCCGAACUGGUGCAGUUCUCCACCGUUCUGCAUUUCAGCGGGCCGCGGAAGCCGUGGCUGGAGGUCGCGUUCCCGGAGCUGCGGCAGCUGUGGCUCGGCCACUUGAACGUGUCAGACAGUUUCUUACAAGGAUGCGGUGUCGUCGAAUAACAGUAAAUUAAACACUAGAAAAUCGGGUUGAGAAGAAGAGAAGCACAGUAACUUUGUCCAAGAUACUGGGUGCAGAGCUGGGGUUCUGAGGAGAGGGAAGUAGGUGUUGCCUUCAGUCUCUCCGCGCCUUCAGUCUCUGCACACGACAUGCCGAAGUUAGUUCAGUGUGACACUAAAACUACUCGUGAUGUAAGUAUAGACCAAGGGGUAUACUUAUUUUCGGUAACAGGACAAAACUUAGCAAUGGACAAGCGGUGACAAUAUUAGUUGGGCUAGGCGACUAGCGAUCGGUGCCAUAGCUUUAUUCUACAUGAAAGUGUGUUGCACGGUUGUUUUAAGUGGAUAUAACUAUUUUUCAAACGUUUUAAAGCAACUUCCUUUUCAA